AGAUUUUUCCUAGGUAACGUGUUUAAUGAAUUGUCUGAUUUGUCUUAUUGUCUUUCAAGCACAAUUAUGAAGAUGAACUCUGUUUUGAUUUUGAUUUUAAUCCUCUUAGUUUCUGUUGGUGUUCAAUCCGUCGAUAUUUACAAAAUGGAGGAGAGGACAUUUACCCUAAAAUUCCUUCAUCUUUUUAGUGUCAUAUUGCUGGUAUCAAUCGUUCGUCAUGUUUUUGUUGCGUACGAAAUACCCAUCCCCCACGGAGUCUUCAUCUUUGUCCUAGGUAUUUGUUGGGGUAUCGGAAUGAAAUUUUCUUAUUGGAUGUAUAACAUGGGAUGCGCAUUUUAUUUUGUCGUACCACUUUUUAAGGAUGUGUACCUCCCGGUCUUACUUUUUACCACAGCUUUCUGUCUGGAUGUGCAUUCGUUCGUUAGGUCACUGUCGCAAGUGUUAAUUAUUUCAUUUCCAGUUUCUCUUUUCAGUGCUCUUAUGUGUGGCUUGGUCUCACAGAUGGUCAUAGACCCAAAAAACUGGAAAUACACCGAUGGGAUCUUCCUUGGUUUUGUGAACAGUGCGAUUUACCCUUUGGACAUGUUGCGCUAUCUUCAAGAAAACACCAUCCAGAACAAGUACGUCACAUCGAUGCUUCAAGGCGAGACGCUUUUUUCGACGGUUCUUCCGUGGUAUAUUUACCAGCUGACGUGGUUGCACAUGUUUGGUUUGGUAGUGUACUGGUACCAGUUUGUCAUGGGGUUUGUGCGGUUGAUAAUUGGCGGUCUUUUCCUAGGUUACCUCUUAGGCUCCAUCUGUGUCUUCUUGAUGAAAUUCUCAUACAACGACCCUUCGAAUCUGAUGGUUCUUACCUUUGCCGCUUGCUUUACCAAUUAUUACAUCGGGGAGUACGUUCUGGCCAAUGCGGGAGCACUCACCCUUGUAAUAUCAUCUGUAAUGAUCGCCCACGAGCGCCAGUCUCUUACAAAAGAAGUAGAAGAAUCGGUUGUGAAUCUUUGGAAAAUGAUUUGUUCCUUAAUGACGAAUGUCAUAAUUUUUUUAACGGCCAGCGUUCUCCCUGAUAUAGUCGGAACCACUUUUAAUUACAAAGACUACAUAUUCGUUUUAGUCACCUAUUUGAUGUGGAACAUUACUCGCUUUAUCUCGUUCUUUCUGUUUUCGCCAAUUCUGAGUAGGAUCGGUUACGGAAUGACUUUUACAAAUAUGAUCAUUUAUGUUUGGGCUGGUAUGAAAAAUCCAGUUUGUUUUUCCUAUUCCGCUAUAGCAUCCAAAAUAACACAAAGCCAUGCAAUUUUACUCCAUACGGUCGGCGUCUAUCUUUUAAUGCUUUUGAUCAAUGGAAGUUUCACAAUGUGUAUGCUUCGAGUCCUGGGACUUGCAGAAAUUUCAACAUCCCGAAGACUGAAUAUGAACAAUUGUAUGAAAUAUCUGUAUGAAGCCAGAAGUCGCACUGUCGCCAUAUUGAAGAUGGACAGGUUCCUGUCUGAUGCCAACUGGCCCUUGGUCCUAAGCACUACAACACUGAAACAUCCAUAUAAGAAGUCCAAAUCUGCAAAAAAUGAAGACGAAGAUGAGAAUGAUGAGGCUUUCACCCUUGGAUACAAGUAUACCUUUUGUCCUGAUUGCGAAAAAGACAUACCAAAUGAACCCACUCCCAAAGAAAUGAAAGAGAUGCUCAAAGAAGCAAAACUUCGAAUCCUCAAAUUAAAGAAAACUAUUUAUGCGAGACAAUUUGAAAGCGGAAUGAUAUCCAAAGAAGGGCUCAGGAUCUUGCACCAAGCUGUCGAAAUUGCAAUGGACAGUGAAGAGCUCACCAUCGAACUUGAUGGUCUUUACAAACUGUUCACAAAAGAGAGAUGUUUCUAUAGGUUUUUACGAAACCGGGUUCAGGCUGUCCUGAAAUCGAAAAAUCUAAACUACAAAGUGCCACGGGUUAAGUGGAAGUUGUGGUGUUACCACUUAAUCAAAAAGACCGUUUUCAAAUCCCUGAUAUAUAUUGUCAUAGCACUCAAUAUUGGAUUACUUAUCACAACUUUCACACUGAAGCCAAACACACUCCUGAUGAAUUACACUAAACUUGGCUUAACUAUUUUAUUUUUUAAUUUCUACCUUCUCGUAUUCGCAACAAAACUGUGUGCAUAUUAUUGGUCACAUAAGAUAACACUUGCAUUGUCGACUUACUUUGGGUUUCAUGAAAAUGUGGUUGAGCAUGUAAUUUUGUGUUUCUCAUUAACCACACUAUUAUGCUACGCUUUCAAACCCUUGUACCAUUUUACAGUAGUUUGUACCUAUUUGGAAGCACUUCUCCUAUUUAGUCUUUUUUGCCGUUUGUUGGAAUUGUUGAAAUUUCUGCGCGUUAUUAAAGCCUUCAAAGCCCUGCCUGAUACGAUAAUUAAAGUUUUGGAUAGUAAAGUCGAUACUCACAGAGCAAUGGCCUUUGAACUGGCCAAAAACUAUGUCAUUGCCGAAGAAGAGAUUUUGGAAAUUAUUCAUCAAAUAAUCGACAAUGUUAAAAUACGAGCAAUCAUAAAAGACAAAAUCCAAGAAGAUCGCCUGGCGAUUGUUAAAAGAAUAGGUCUGUUUGUUAAACAUGGAGGGUGGCUUCUGCCCACCAUCAAGACAACAACCGCUUUACGCGCUGUUCUAAACAGCAUGAAAGACGACUUACAUGAACUAAAAAUCUCAGGAUGGGUGGAUGAGGUCGAAUACAGCAAACUUUUUAAAUCUCUGGGUGAAAGAACUACGUACGUUAACAGCAUAAAAAGCAUCCCGCCAACGUUGCCCAGGAAGAUAUUUGAAGAAGUACCAUACAUUGGUGACGACAGCGAAUUAAUUAAUUUUCUGUACAGUAACAUUGCUACUAAAAAAUUUGAUCCCGGGGAUGUUAUCAUCACUGAAAACGAUAUCGCUGAAGGCAUCUACAUUGUCGUGACAGGAAUGUUCUUAGUAAGCUACACGCCAAACGAAAAUGUUACUGCAAAUUUAAAGAUAGCAGGUCUGCUACCGGGAGUUGACGCAAUAUCGUCCCUCCACUACGAGGAGCCUUUAGUAGAGUACAUAAUCCCAGGGAACACGAUGGGGGAGCUGUCCACAAUUUCGGAACGACCAUAUCAUGGCAUCGUCACUGCUGAGACCCACAGUCAAGUCUAUGUCCUCAACCAGGAUGUUGUAAAAAAAGCCCUUCAGAUGGACACAGAUCCCGUCACAGGCCUAACUUGUCGAAUUUGGAAGUACAUCAGUUUUCGUAAAGCAAUUACGAUUAUGCUGAACGUCCCAUCUUACCGUUCUUACACUUUGGAAAAUAUUAAAUAUAUUCUCGAACGGUCAUUCGUCCCGGACUUAUCAAAUUUUAAAAUUUUUGCCGUGAAUGAAAUGAUGAGCGACAUUAUACUAAUUGAAGGUACUGUUGUCGAUUUUAAUACUCGGGAUGUGUAUACUGCACCUUGCUACAUACCUAGGGCGGUACAAAAACUGGUAAUGCCCAAAAGCAGUCUUAUUAAUGUUGAGAUAGCAGUUGAGACUAAAUUGCUAGUUAUUCCGGCUAAGGACUAUGAUGGGUACGACAUAAUGCUAACAGAAGAAGACACUUGUGAAUUGGUCAGUGAUAAUGCAAGUAAAUGUCUUCGCCACCUUAUAAAACAUAAAUCUAGAAUCGGGGCAAGGGCUAGCAAGUAUCAGUCAUUUAUGGAUUCUAGUUCAAGGGUUCUUAAAAGAAGGCUACAAAGUGUUGCUUCCCAAAAAAUUUCAUUUGCAAGCACACAAGAAUAUAGUGUAUCGUUUGAAUCACCACAUGUCUGAUCGCAUUAAAGUAAAUAAUGUGUUACUUUAAAAAUGUUAUUGUUCUAAAUAAAAAAACAUC